CUUUUUCAAUAAUUGUGCAAAGUUGCACCUACUUCUCUACUUAAGACUAGUGGACAUCUUCUCUGUAUCAAAAUUGAAUUGCAUACACUUGUUCCUCAAUGGCAUUCAGUUUACCCUCUUCCUCAUCCGCAUCUUCUUCUUCCACUCUUAAACAGCCUUACGAUGUAUUCUUGAGUUUUAGAGGAAUAGAUACUCGCAAUACUUUUGCUGCCUUUCUAUACCCUGCUCUACGAGAUAAGGGAAUCAAAGUCUACAAAGAUGACAAAGAUCUUGAAAGAGGAGAGAUAAUUUCACCUACACUUCUCAAAGCCAUUGAGGAGUCAAUGAUUUCUAUCAUUAUAUUAUCUCCAAACUAUGCAUCAUCUGCAUGGUGGUUGGAGGAGCUAACCAAAAUCCUUGAGUGUAAGGAAACAAAACAACAAAUUGUUUUACCAGUAUUUUACCAUGUAGAUCCAUCGGAUGUACGACAUUUGAGAGGAGGUUUUGGAGAAGCACUAGCUAAACAUCAGGAGAGGUUCAAGGAGGACCCGAAGGUGCAGAGGUGGGAGGAAAGCCUACAAGAGGUUGCCGGUUUGUCUGGAGAACAUUUGGAAGACGGGAAUGAAUAUGAAUUUAUGGAUAAAAUCAUUCAAUGGGUGGACUCAAUAGUAGUUAAAUCUACAUACCAGUUAGACAUUGCUGAGUAUCCAAUUGGACUAGAUUCUCGUCUAAAUGACUUGAAUACUAAGUUAGAAAUAGGAAGGAAUGACAUUACUCUCAUGAUAGGGAUUUAUGGAACUGGUGGAAUUGGUAAAACAACUAUCGCCAAAGCAGUCUUUAACUCAAUUGGAUGUCAAUUUGAAGCUAGAUGUUUUCUAGCACAUGUUAGAGAGAAAUCGAGUCCGAAGGACGGUCUGGGGCAACUACAAGAGAAACUUCUUUAUGAGCUCUUAAGAAACUUUGGAAAUUUGAAUAUUGGCAGUGUUGGAGGUACUGAUGUUAUAAAGCAUAGGCUCUGCUCUAAAAGGGUACUUAUAAUUCUUGAUGAUGUGAGUGAGUCAUGCCAAUUACAAAAACUAGCUGGAAAUCAUAAUUGGUUUGGUCCAGGAAGUAGAAUAAUAAUAACAACAAGAGAUCAACAUCUAUUAACUUCUCAUCAAGUUGAUUCAAUGUACGAAGUGCCGGGAUUGGACGACAACCAAGCUAUUCAGCUAUUUAGUUGGCAUGCAUUUGAAAGAGGCAAUCCAAUUGAAAGUUAUGUAGAACUCACAAAAGCUAUAAUGGGUUAUGCUAAGGGCCUUCCACUAGCUCUUAAAGUGCUUGGUUCAUAUUUGCGUGGUAGAAGUAUACAAGAAUGGAAAAGUGCAUUGGAAAAGUUUGAAAGAAGUCUUCACAAGGAUAUUUAUGAAAUUCUUAAAAUAAGCUAUGAUGGGUUGGAUGAUGAUGAAAAGGAUAUUUUUCUUGACAUUGCAAUUUUCUUGAAGGGGAAUUCUGUUGAAUAUGUCACGAAAAUACUAGACACUUGUGGUUUUUCAUCAUCUAUUGGCAUUGCAAGGCUUAAAGAAAAUUGUCUCAUCAAUAUUUGUUACCAGUGUGUGGAGAUGCAUGACUUAUUGCAAGAAAUGGGUAAAGAAAUUGUUCGACAAGAAUCACCUAAAGAAGCUGGCAAGCGUAGUCGAUUGUGGUUUCAUGAAGAUGUUCGCCAUGUAUUAGAAGAAAAUACGGGAACAAACACAAUUGAAGCGAUUUUGUUAGAUUUUCCGGAAGACAAUGAUGACAUGAUAUGCUUGCAUUCUGAGGCAUUUAUGAAGAUGAGGAAUCUUCGAUUGUUUAUAUCACAAUGGAUUGUACAUUUUUCUGCAGGACCGAAUUAUCUCUCAAAUAAAUUAAGAGUGCUUGAUUGGCCUAACUAUCCUUCCUCAUUUUUGCCUUCUGAUUUUCGUGGAAAUAAUCUCGUUGAAUUUCGAAUGCCUAGUAGCCUCAUCAAGGAGUUAGGCGGCCUAAAAUCCAAGAACUUGACAUUUAUGGAUUUAAGUGAUUGUCAAUUCUUAACAAAAAUUCCUGAUCUUUCAAGUAGCCCAAAUUUAGAGAUCUUGGAUCUUGAAGGUUGUGAGAACUUAGUUGAGGUUCAUGAUUCCGUUGGAUUCCUUGAUAAGCUUUCGAGUUUUCUUGUAAGUGGAUGUUGCAAGCUUAGGAUUUUGCCGAAAAGAUUCAAGUUGAGAUCUCUACGUUCAUUUGAUCUUCAAGAGUGUUCGAGUCUCGAAAACUUUCCAGAGAUUGAGUGUGAAAUGGAAUUUUUACAUGUGUUGAAUCUUCGUGACUCUAGCAUAAAAGAACUACCUUCAUCAAUUGAGAACCUCAAAGGACUUAAAAUGUUAUAUCUACAACGCUCUAGUCUAAAAGAACUACCUUCAUCAAUUGAGAACCUCAAAGGACUUAAAAUGUUAUAUCUACAACGCUCUAGUCUAAAAGAACUACCUUCAUCAAUUGAGAACCUCAAAGGACUUAAAAUGUUAUAUCUAGAACGCUCUAGUCUAAAAGAACUACCUUCAUCAAUUCUUACUCGGCUUAAUAAAUUAAAGGUAGUCGGCUGCAUUGAUCAGUUGCAAAGUCUACCGCGUAUUGUCAAAGUCGAAGGUUAUUCACAAGUACCAAUACACAUUAGACAGGUGGAAGAGGAUGGUACACACUCCACGCCAUCUGUUGUGUCUACAGGCGAAGAAUGUGAAAUUGCAGAAUUGACUCCGACAAAUUCAAUCAUUUUUAAUGAUGCUGGUUCCUCCUCAAGCACGAUGAUUUGGAAAUCGCUACUAGAUUUAACUCUUCGAUCCUGUUGCCUGUCAGAAUCAAAUUUCUUCACAAAUGGCAACAAUUACUUUCCCAAUUUGAAAUGGUUAAAUCUAAGUGGGUGUGAUAUUGUUAUCUUUCCACCUCAAAGCGUUAGAUUUCCUAGGUUGCGUGGUCUUUGUUUGAACAAUUGCAAGAAACUUGAAGAAAUUUUACCUCUUCCAUCAAGUAUAGCAAGCGUUGAAGCUCGUGAAUGCACGUCAUUGCAAAGUUUUGCACUACCGUCUGAAAUACUUGUUAAAAAAAGCAAUGGAAAGAAUUUUCCUAACCGCCUAAGGAUUGACUUGUACGGAUGCCACAAACUGAUUCCUUCAUGGGAAGAUCAGGAAAGAGGAUUCCAAGCUGGUUCAUCUAUCGCAAGGAGGCCCAUGAUGGUAAUCUGUGUGAAAUAG